AGGAGAAUCAUUUCUUCUGCACAUUUCUAAGAACGCACAUCAGGAUGGCCUCCGUAUCACUGCCACGCAGGAAGAACCUCUCUGCACAACAGGCUUUGGUCUGGCUUCAGGAAAUGGACGAAGCAGACUCUGACAGAGGAGAGAUUUCAUUUGUCCAGCAGGCCACUGAUACCUCCUCAGAAGAAUCUGAAAAGGAGACGGAACAAGAACCCAACAUGCCUCCACGGAAGAUGCACCGUGGUACUGGGAAGCCCUGUCUGAGCCAGACGGCAAAAGAAGGCACUGUGUGGGUAGAGGAGGACAUUGGAGUGCCCAGUGCAGUAGCAAAUCACUUGUGCUUCACUGCAAAAGCUGGACCCACAAAGUCUGCUAAGCGUAAAAUUACAAGCGUGCUCCAAAGCUUCCUUUGCCUGUUAGACAUGGGAAUGCUGCAGACCAUCAGGGAGUGUACAGUCCAUCAAGCCCGCAGAACAGAGCCGGACUGGAAUUUGGCAAUUCAUGAGCUGAUGGCAUUCAUUUCAAUUCUGUUUGUAAGAGCAAUCAUGUGUCCCAUUGGUGCCAUUGUGGAUUGCUGGUCAGAAAACUUUCUGGUUCCAGUAAUCAAAGAGACAAUGCCCCGAGAUAGAUUCAUUUCAAUUAUGCAACACCUUCGAUUUGAUGACAAGGACACACGGGCAGAACGGGUGAAAACAGACAAAUUUGCUGCAAUCUCCGACAUCUGGACACGCUUCAACAAGAACUGUGCUGAGAGUUUCACUCCAGGAGAACACAUGACCAUAGAUGAACAGCUGUUCCCUACCAAGGUUCGUUGUCCAUUCACACAGUAUAUUGCAACCAAGCCAGACAAAUUUGGGAUCAAGUUCUGGAUAUCCACGGAUUUGGAGACCAAAUAUGUCUGCAAUGCAUCUCCUUACUUGGAAAAGGACCCCAGUCGUCAGAAGGGAGAGAGGCUGGCAGAGAACGUGGUCAUGAAUCUGAUGGAGCCAUUUUUGGAUGAUGGGAGAAAUGUCACGACGGACAAUUUCUUUACUUCACUGUCACUGUCGCACAGACUGCUGCGGCGCAAAACAACGCUACUGGGCACGGUGAAUAAAGUCCGGCGUGAACUUCCUCAACUUGCAAAAGACACUGCGCGGAUGUAUUCCAUAAGAGCAGCAACACGCAGGUGGCCAGUAGCGGUUUUUUACAAUAUGCUGGACCUGGCAGCGGUGAAUGCCUACAUUUUGUACAAGGCAUGUACAGGGUGGACAGGCAAAAGAAGAUUGUUUCUUAGUCUUCUAGCUAAGGAACUCCGUUGGCAAUUCAUGCAGCACAAGGAAAUAUUGGCACAGAGGCAGGCUGCUGCAGCUGCUGUGCCAGGGACUGUACAGACAACGCAGUGCCAGGUGCAAGAGAGCUGCAACAGGAAUCGCAGCAGGUUUACCUGUGCAACAUGUCAGAAAUUCACCUGUGCCAAAUGCAGGGACGAUGGACACUGGGUCUGCAAAGGUUGUAUAGUUUGAAAAACUGUAAAAUAAAACAGACUUGUGUAUCCAUA